CCUUGCUUGUGUUUUUGUUAUCUUUAGAAAUUCAGAAGUAUACAUCUAGCCAAUUCUGUAGCUAGUAUUUCUUCCCCGCAUCUCGUUAGACAUUUCGUGAAAACGAAUUGAAAAAGUGUAGGUUUCAUCCAGUGAAUGUGAAAGAAGGAUUUUUAUCUUUGGUUUACCACUGCAUGGAAAUACGGAAAAAUGUGUUAUAAGUUAAUAACGUUUGAUUUCACUGGGACAUUAAUGCGUUUUCGAAUCCCACCCCAUGUCCAGUACGAAAGAAUAGCUUCCUUGUACGGAGUGGAAAUAAAAAACACCCAAGCUUUUCGCAAAAAUUUUAAAACAGCUUUUAAAACCGCUGAUAACGAACAUCCAAACUUUGGCUGCAACACUAACCUACACUGGACACAAUGGUGGGUAAAUGUGGUGAAAAACACUUUCAUAGGGGCAGGUGUUGAGGAUAGCCCACAUUUAGAUUCAAUAGCUUGGCAUCUGAUUAAACUAUACAGCACAACUGAAGGCUGGGAAGUGGUUCCAGGUGUAAAAAAAGUGGUACAUUUAUUGAAACAAAAGGGUAAAAGACUUGGUGUAAUUUCCAACAUGGACCCUAGGUUGAAUAAUAUUCUACAGGAAGCUGGACUUUUACACAAUUUUGAAUUUAUUUUGACAUCCUAUGAAGCUAAAUGUUUUAAACCUCAGGCUGAUAUUUUUAAACUUGCCUUGGAAAAGUAUAGCAAAGACUCUAUCAAACCUUCUGAAUCAUGCCACAUUGGUGACAGCUACAAGGAGGACUAUCUAGGAGCUGUUCAAGCUGGAUGGGAUGCUAUUCUAGUAAAUGAGUCUUCCAACUCAUUGGACAUAAAUAAGUGGUGUGCUAAUUUUGAAAAGUUUGAUGACACACUACUUUGCUAGAUUGCUUUGCUUGCUAGAUUGUGUAUACAUACCUUUUCUGUUGUAAUAAAGGUCAAAUUUGUCCAUCAUAAUUACACAUUGACAUUAG